GAAGGAAGCAGCCAGCUGCUAGCUGCAGCCAAGUUUCUCCUGAUGACAGCUCCCGGAGCCGCCUUCCACGUGAAUUUGACACGGUGGCUUAAAUGACAGUCUCACCACAUCACCUAAAACACACGGGGCUCCAUUAAAGUCAGCGCAGGUGGCCAUGGGUCUCUGCAAGUGUCCGAAGAGAAAGGUGACCAAUUUAUUCUGCUUCGAACAUCGUGUAAACGUGUGCGAGCAUUGCCUCGUCUCCAACCACAACAAGUGUAUCGUGCAGUCGUACCUGCAGUGGCUCCAGGACAGCGACUACAACCCCAACUGCACUCUGUGCAACACGCCACUGAACGCUCAGGACACCGUCAGGCUGGUCUGCUACGAUGUGUUUCACUGGUCCUGUCUCAAUAACUUAGCGUCUCGGCUGCCGCUCCACACGGCUCCAGCGGGAUACCAGUGUCCCACCUGUCAGGGUCCAGUGUUUCCCCCCUCUAACCUCGCCAGCCCGAUCGCUGAUGUGCUGAAAGAGCAGCUGUCGUCAGUGAACUGGGCCAGAGCAGGUUUGGGGCUGCCGCUGAUUGAAGAGCCCAUUGGGGUUCUUGAGGAGACCUCAGCGAACGAUGUCACCGAUUAUACUGACUGGUCAACGUUUGAUGGACACACUCACAAGAAAAGUAACAUUUACCCCGGCCACUCUUACAGCACCAGCCUCAGCGCCGCGCCAAACUCUGUCUCGCCUCCAGCGCAGGACGACCUCGGAGGUCCUCGCAAAAAUGGAGAUCCAAACAUGCAGGAGCACGCUGUGGUCAACUUUAAUAACACUACAGCCUGUGACACGAUCACACUACACGCAGCAUCGUCACCCAGAAAGAUCUACGACACGCGGGACGUCGGUCACAGCUCUGUCACACAGAUCGACUUUGACGAUGACAAGUACCGGCGACGGCCAACGUUAAGUUGGUUUGCUCAGAUUAUCAAAAAUCGUACAGGUGGAAAGCGGACGUCUCUGUCCUGGAAGCAGCGCGUCUUCAUGCUUCUUCUGGUUGGAGUUUUGGGAUUCUUUACGUUGAUAAUCAUCAUGGCUAAACUUGGGCGUGCGUCCGCCGGCUCAGACCCAAAUUUAGAUCCUCUUCUUAACCCCAACAUCCGUGUGGGGAAAAACUGAUAACAAGCAUUGAUUCCUUUUCUUCCUUCUGUGUUACACAAUUUAAGCCCGUGUAGAACGAGCCGAAACGGGACUUUUAAUACGCGGUGAGCCCGACAGAGGGCGCCGUUCACAAGGCUUUGAGUGGAGGAGAGAAAGAGACGCUGCACCUCUGUAGAGUGGAGGUCAUCUCAGGCGGUAGGAACAUGCCCGGGCCCCUUCAGACCAUAAAACACAUCUCACAGCAUUCAGACACUUUCCAAAGGUGACCACGGCCCGGUGCAUGCAGACGAAGGAUCCGGUUAUUUAAAGAUGAAGAGGGUAA